AUGACGCUCUACUACGGCAUCGUCUUCGGCCUCCUCUGCUUCGAGGUGGCUAUGUUCAUGAUGCUUAUCCUUCCCUUGCCCUUCGCAUGGCGUCGAGGCCUCUUCAAGUUCCUGGCUAACAACCCAGUCGUCGCCAAGAUCCAAUACGGCCUCAAGAUUACCUUCAUCUUCGUUGGCGUCCUCUUCAUUGACGCGGUACAGCGCAUGUGGAAGGUGACGUUGGAGGGCGACACGAUGCGCGAGUCACAGGGUAUGAGGGACAGCAGGACAGAGAGCAACUUCCACGCUAGGAAGUUCUACGCUCAGCGCAACACAUACCUGACUGGCUUCACGCUGUUUUUGAGCUUGAUCCUCUCCCGCACCUACUCCCUGAUCACUGAGCUCAUCACUACGCAGGAGGAGCUCGUGGCAGCCAAGGGAGGCAAGUCGACUUCAACUACUGGCUCAUCGUCGGCGCUGGAAAAGGAGAAUGCCGACCUGAAGCGCGAUCUGGCCAACCUCAAGAAGCAGGCUGGGCAGCAGCAGACGGAGUACAAUAGGAUGGGAGACGAGCUUACGGCUGCUAAGGGGCAGGGCGUUAGCUCGAAGAAGGACUAGGUGGGCUGACCAAGGACGGAGAUGAGGGUGCUGUGGAGGUGGAUUCGGGCCCAACAGCGGGGUGGGACAGGAAGAGAAGCAUCUGUGAAGCGGCUACGAUGGUGUGGGUACGCCACCCUCGAUGGCAACCGUGGAAAAAAGAUGUGACUGGCAACAGGGCUCGCAUUCGAUUUCAUUCAUCAGAUCGUCACGUCGUUGAUGCUACCUUCAAUUCGCUCUGCUCAGUAGGACGACGUCCCUUCUUGUCGCUCAUUGCUUUGUCUCGUCGUCGUCGUCGUCGUGUCUCUCUCCCUGAGAUCAGACGUGCGCCCCACCC